AAAAUCACCUACUGUUUUAUAAGAAACUGAUCAAUAUUAAGCGAGUUUAUGGUUAAACAAGAAUGAAUCAGAAAAAAAAUCGACUUAAUUCAAAUGGAAAACAAGUUUUUGUUUUAAGCAUAAACUUAUUUUAUUUUGUUCGGAAAACAAAAAAUGUAUUUUUUUUAUUGAAUACGUGAAUACAUGUACAAAACUGCUUGUGAGGCGCGCUUGAAUGUUAUUGGUGCGUCUGGCACAUUCUCGUUUUCUCAUUGGACGGCCUUGAAAACGUUUAAAUUUUUUAAUUGGUUGGGAGAAAAGGCGGAAAAUUCCCAUUGGCACUGAAAGGAAAAUGGCAUACAAGCAUCAAAUAACUAUUAUCUCUAAAUUAAAUACAAUAUGCACAUAACGGGAUUCAAAAUAAACGACGAAGACUUAAUCCAGCACAGCAUAUAAACAAUUUUAGCCCUAUCUUUCCUGAAAAUCCCCACUGAUUUAUACUACAAUGUGGAAACCGUCGUCCGGGACCGCGCGUCUGUUGCUAGGUAGAUUAUGUUAAUAUAUGUAAGGCAGCCAUCACUGCAGCUACCAUUCAGAGGGAAGACCCACUUCAACCUUUUCCUAAAAAUGAAGAAAACCCUUGGGAAAUCCAAGCCCGAAGAUUAAGCGCGGAUUCAGUAUCGUUUCUCAGUGGUUGAUGAGCGGUGGAUUGGUGGAGGAGGUGAUCGGUCUCACCUCGUUCUGAUGCUAUGGAGGCCAAGCAGGAGUCAACACAUGUGUGGAGUUCAGCAGCCAACAAUGACACUGGAAAUACACCUCAGGUGCAUUUUGAGAGCGGUGCGGUGGCUCAGAUCGUGUACAGCGGAGAGCAGUCAGACCACGCUCAGCAGCAGGUUGUAUACGCUGCAGAUGGAAGCUCCUACACCUCGGUCGAGUCGGCCGAACACACAGUGGUGUACAUACACCCGGCAGAUGGAUCGCAGGCGGUGUUUACAGAUCAGCCCCAAGUGGCCUACAUUCAGCAGGAUGGAACCACACAACAGGUGACUGUGCUGCUACCAAGCGGGCAGAACUUGAACACUGCAAAUCUACACGUAUUGAGUAACGUAGCCGAUGGCCCACAGGCGAUCCUGGAACCUGUGACACAGAGCCAACUUGCUGUGACUAAUGCAGCUGUCCCCAACAUGCCGGAGGCCUCGUCGAGUCCCCUGGGGGCCACCGAUUCCACUGUGGAUUCAGAGGAUGAGGAAGAAGACAACGAUAGCGACGAUUCUGAAAUGGACGACUGGGAACCCAGGACGCCCCAGCCGUUCACCCCUCAGAGCCUCUGGUGUGAAGACUGUAAUAAUGCUAAUCCCGGAGCUUGUAUGAAACACGGUCCUCUGCACCCCAUCCUCAGCCGCUCUGUGAUGUCCAAGGCUCGGGCCAGUCUUCCUCUCGUCCUGUAUAUCGACCGCUUCCUGGGCGGAGUCUUUACUAAGAGGCGGAUCCCCAAACGCACACAGUUCGGUCCUAUAGAGGGGCCGCUGGUGCCACAGAGCCAACUGCAGGACACGCACAUCCACCUCAAAUUAUACAUGCUAGACCCUGAGAAAGAAGACGAGAGGGCCGAGGACCUCUGGUUUGACCUGACCGAUGAGGAGCGAUGUAACUGGAUGAUGUUUGUGCGGCCCGCCCAGAAUCACCUGGAGCAGAACCUGGUGGCUUAUCAAUACGGAUCGGACAUCUUUUACGUCACCAUUAAGAACAUUCAGCCCAAACAGGAGCUUAAGGUGUGGUACGCUGCGUCAUAUGCUGAGUUUGUCAACCAAAAGGUUCAUGAUGUCACAGAUGAAGAGAGAAAAGUUUUACGUGAGCAGGAGAAGAACUGGCCGUGUUAUGAGUGUAACAGACGGUUCAUGAGCUCAGAGCAGCUUCAGCAGCACUUAAACAUGCACGACGACAAGCUGAACCUCAUCCAAAGGCCAAAGGGCCGUGGCCGAGGACGGGGCAGGAAGCGAUUCGGCGGCGCAAGGCGACCAGGACGACGUAUGAAAUUCAUCUGCCCACAGACUCCUGUUGAGAGUGCUGACAAGACACAGGAGCUCUUAGGAUCUGUAGACAAACUACCGUUUGAGGAGAGGACAGACGGAGCUCUCAACGGGCUGAAGGUGGUGGAGAUGGCAGCCGAAUCGAUGGAGACCGAGACAGAAGAAGGGCUUGAUACCCCAGCAACCCAAACUGAGGAUCUGCAAGAGGAGGGUGAUUCUGUCACCCCACCUCCAGCCACAGAAGUCCCGGGGUCUGCCAAAGAGGACCUGUCUCAGACAAGUCCUGAAGACCCUCACCUCACACCGCAGGACAUGAGGAGGGCGAGGAGGAUUAGGAAUGCCGCUCUCCAGCAUCUUUUCAUCCGUAAGUCCGUUCGACCCUUUAAAUGUUCUCAUUGUGGGAAAGCCUUUCGAGAUAAAGACAAGCUGGAGCAGCACAUGCGAUACCACGGGCGGGACAGCUGCCGUCACAUGUGUCAUCAGUGCGGUAAGGGCUUCCUGACGAACGCUGUGCUUGAGGAUCACCUGCAACUGCACUGUGACCAGCGCACCUACUCCUGCCUCUUCUGCACCGAGUCCUACGACAGACUGGACCUGCUCAGAGUACAUGUGGGGGUUCACCAGGUCAACGGCUGCUUUUCCUGUCCUUCCUGCAAGAAAACCUUCACAGACUUCAUACAGGUAAAGAAACACGUGAGGAGUUUCCACUCCGAGAAGAUCUUCCAGUGUACAGAGUGUGAUAAAGCCUUCUGCAGGCCUGAUAAACUACGACUCCACAUGCUUCGCCACUCUGACCGCAAGGACUUCCUGUGCUCCGCCUGUGGGAAACAGUUUAAGAGGAAGGAUAAAUUACGGGAACACAUGCAGAGGAUGCACAACCCUGAGCGCGAGGCCAAAAAGGACCACAUCCACCGCACCAAAGCUCUGAAACAGAAGGAGCCCACCACUGACUUUGAGAGCUUCAUGUUUAAAUGCCGACUCUGUAUGAUGGGCUUCAGGAGACGAGGCAUGCUGGUGAAUCACCUGUCUAAGAGACAUCCUGAGAUGCGUUUGGAGGAGGUUCCUGAGCUGACGCUGCCCAUCAUUAAACCCAACAGAGAUUAUUUCUGCCAGUACUGUGAUAAGGUGUAUAAAAGUGCCAGUAAGAGGAAGGCCCACAUUUUGAAGAACCACCCCGGGGCAGAAUUGCCCCCCAGCAUCCGGAAGCUGCGUCCAGCCGGGCCGGGAGAGCCUGACCCCAUGCUGAGCACACACACACAGCUGACCGGCACCAUCGCUUCUGCACCCGUGUGCUGCCCGCACUGUGCCAAACAGUACAGCAGCAAGACAAAGAUGGUCCAGCACAUCCGUAAGAAGCAUCCAGAGUAUCAGUACAACAGCAGCAGCAGCAUCCCGGCACCGCUGGCCGCUACCGUCAUCAGCAGCGCUCCUGCCGUCAUCACAACAGACGGCGCUACUGCAGAGACCGUGGUGACGACCGAUCUGUUGACCCAGGCCAUGACGGAGCUGUCCCAGACCCUGACCACAGACUACCGCACAGCACAAGGGGAUUUCCAGAGGAUCCAGUACAUCCCAGUGUCUCAGGCAGGAGGAGGCCUGUCCCAGCCACAGCACAUUCAGCUGCAGGUGGUGCAGGUGGCCCAGGCAUCCUCUCCUCACUCUACAGUGGAUGUGAGUCAGUUACACGACCCUCACAGUUACAGUCAGCACUCUGUUCAGGUCCAGCACAUCCAGGUGGCUGAGCCUACAGGGACAGUGCAGGCCAAUGCACAGGUUUCAGCUCAGCCUCUAAGUCCCUCCUCUCAGCAAGCAGCCCAGGAGCUUAGCACCGCCCAGCUGACCCCUGUGACCCUCGCUCAGGCCCCGCCUCUUCAGACCUCCACCAGUCAGACACAAGGUGCUGCACAGCAUGCGUUCCUUCCCAGCAACUGGAACUACAGGAGUUACCCAUCUGAGAUCCAGAUGAUGGCUCUUCCUCAUACUCAGUAUGUGAUAGCAGAGGCCAGCACCCCUGUCACAGCGGCUGUCAGCAGCAGUCAGCUCCAAACGACACACUAUGUGAUCUCAGAAGGACAGACGGAGCUGGAGGGUAAGCAGGUGCAUGUCCCGUCCAGCGCAGCGCAGGUUCACCCCGACCCACUGGAGCAGCCGGCCGUCAGUCAGCAGACCACCACGCAGUACAUCAUCACCACCACCACCAACGGGACGGGUGCCAGUGAGGUUCACAUCAGCAAACCCUGACCCUCAUUCUCACAUGAAGAACCUGAGUCGUCAUCUUGAAAUGAACAAACAGAUUUUGGAUUUAUUUUCUUGAAAUGUUAAAAACAAUGAACGGAAAUAGUGAUUUUUAUGAAUUAAUAAAAACUCUGGAGUGGUUAACUGUGUUUCUCUGGACGCCCAAAAAGACCCAGGCAUAUACAGUAUGUUUUCAGGACAAAUCUUGACUUCAGACCCGUGCCAUCCUGCCUUUUAUUAUCCUCAUUCUGGACUAUUUAGUUUUUUCCCCUCUCUUUAUUUGUUGUAAAUGUCCUCUUAAGUAUUGAGAGAUUCUACAUUUUCUUACCUGAGUGAAUCUGAUGAUAGGAUUUUUUUCUUUUGUUCAUAUUUCCCCACAAUUAAAAGGGUCAAGAGGUCAAAUGUUUCUUUUGGAGAAUCUAUCAUCAGUCUCAAAAUUUUCUCGUUCUUUUGAUGGUUGAAGCAAAACUUCCAAGGUCAAAUCAUUCAUGCACAGAUCAGCUCUCUUGCAAAAUAAAAGCAAUCCCUAGAUUAAUGCUUUACUUAAUACAGUUGACUAUAUAAUAUGGUCUGUGGAAGGAGUCACCAGCCAGAGCAAGGUUCAGAGCAAAGUUGAGCACUUCAUACUCCACAGAAAUCCUUCUCAAAAUGUCACAAUUUAUCUGAGUCAUAUAAUCUGUUUAUUAUCUGUUGACUGGAGAACAAUAAGAACUUGUGUGUAUUUUAUGUAACUUAUGUUUAUGGACAUACUAGUAUUUAUUUGGGUUUUGCACAUCCAUCAGUGGAGCAUUGCUGCGACUUUAUAACCUGAGAAAGAGAAACGUAUCCAGCAUACACUAUUUAUGCGGAGACAAACUUGUAAAAUGUAAAAAUAAAUAAAUAAAUUCAGUAUCUGUACAGUAA